AUGUUCUUCUUCUCCUUCUUCUCUUUUCCCUUAAAAAACAACAAUUAUUUCCAAAUCAAAACAUUAAUUUCCUUUUUUCUCCUUUUACAAUUUUUAAAUUUUUCAAAUUCCCAACAACAAAAUAAUGAAAAUAACAAUAAUAAAAUAGCGGCAGUUUAUUCUUCUCAAAAAAGAGAAUUAAUUUAUAACGGGGAAAUUGAUAAUAAGAGUGAAGAAAUAUUAAUUAAUAAUCAUUGUUCUAGUGGAAAACCUUGCAAAUCUGGGUUAAUUAUUCCGUAUCUCUACCAAUUCGUUGUUUCCGUGCUUUUGUGUAUUUAUUGGCCUUAUUAUACCUCUUUUAUGGAAUUUCAAUUAUUUAUGGCUGCAAUAGAAGUAAUUACAAGUCAAGAACGAGAAGUUGAAGUAACUAAAGUGACUGGAGAAAAAAUAAAAGUACUUGUAAGGGUGUGGAAUGAAACUGUUAGCAAUUUAACUUUGAUGGCUUUAGGUAGGAGGAGGAUUGUUCCCUCAAAUGAAAUAAGAAGAAUUGACCGAAUAGAUGUAACCGUAAUUUGGUCAACAUUUGCCUAUAUUUGGCUUUUUCUUAUUCUCUGCGUAUUUUCACCAAACGUUGUUGAGGUAUGGGAAGGAUUGUUAACACUUUUGUUCUUCCCUUUAACUGUUGGUAGCGCCUUUAUAGCCAAUAAACAUGCAAAAACUUUUGGACAACGUCUGUUGGGUGCGAAUGCAAUAACUUCAUUUAGACAUACUCCAAGGCUUGGAAAACAGCAAAGUACUCAUGUUGGAAUUAGGACUGCUAAUGGAAGUGAAAAGGACGUUGAUGUUGCACUUCUUGGCCCACUCAAAAACGAUUCUAAUUCUGUAGCCUUAAUGCAACAAAGACAUUAUUUAGACGUUAUAAAAAAGCUACGAGCUGAAAAUCCCAACCUUUCUGUACAAGAAUUGGAAAGGUUGGCAUCUAACUGGAUAUUUACUGAAGUACCCAAAAGCAGAGCUUUCUAUAGAAUUCAGGCAAUUCGUAAAAUGACAGGAAAUGGAGAUAUAAGCAUUAAAAGACUAAAGGAACGGGCGGAAGAUGAACAUCAAAAUGUUGCAAUGCCUUUAAUGCCUGAUAAACCGAAACAAGUUACUGUUGGAUUUGAUCCAGCAGAAUAUUGUGUUUUGGAAAAUGUGGGAACUGUUGAACUUCGCUGUGUUCUCGACAGAGGGUCUUUGGCUGUUUCAACAGAAGUUACUGUUACAUAUACUACAAUUGCUGACACCGCGGCAGAAUAUGAAGAUUUUAUCCCAACUCAGGGAGUAUUAACAUUUGGGCCUUCUGAAAGUGAGAAAUUCAUUGAAAUUGGGAUUGUAAAAUUAACAAAUUUGGAUGCUUAUUGUGCAGACAAUCCUGGACAAAAAUUGCCAGCACAGUUUAAGGAAGGGGGAAGUGUUGCUACUGUAAUGAUUAUUGAUGAUGAUCAUUCUGGUGCUUUUAGUUUUACUUCACAAGUAUUUAGAGUACCUGAAAGUCAGGGGCAAUUCGCGCUUGAAGUUCGAAGGCACAGAGGUGCAAGAGGAGCAGUUAUUUUACCUUACAAAACAAUUGAAGGAAGUGCUAAGGAAGGAAAGGAUUAUACUGGACAAGAGGCCGAACUUUUAUUUUACAAUAACCAAACAAAAGCAACAAUUUAUAUCGAAAUUACAAAUGAUGAUGAAUAUGAAAAAUCAGAAGAUUUUUAUGUUGAAUUGGGCCCUCCCCGUUUAAAAGAUUCUUCCCCACGUAGUGAAGUUGCUGGUGGACCGGAUGGACGUCCAAUUCUUGGAGAACACCAUCGAUGUAAAGUAGUAAUUACUGAAGAUCGAGAAUUUAAAAAUUUUAUUGAUAAAAUGAUUGCUAAUGCAAAUGUUGGGAUUUUAGUAGGGACACAUAGUUGGAGACAACAAUUUAUUGAAGCAUUAACUGUUGAGGAUAUUGAUGGAGAUGGUUCAAUAAGCAACAAAGAAAAAGCUUUGCACGGAGUUUCUGUUUUUUGGAAAUUACUAUUUGCAUUAAUUCCCCCGACAGAUUAUAUUAAUGGGUGGCUAACAUUUUUUGUUUCAAUUUUUGUUAUUGGAAUAUUAACUGCUUUUAUUGGGGAUAUUGCUUCUUUGUUUGGUUGUACUAUUGGAUUGAGGGAUUCUGUUACAGCAAUAACACUUGUGGCAAUGGGGACAUCACUUCCAGACACAUUCGCUUCAAAAACAGCAGCAAUUCAAGACAAAACAGCCGAUUCUUCAAUCGGAAAUGUUACUGGAUCAAAUGCAGUCAAUGUAUUUUUAGGGAUUGGGUUAGCUUGGGCAAUAGCCGCAGUUUAUCAUUCUUUGAAUGGGGGGCAUUUUAUUGUAGAGGCAGGCUCUUUAGCUUCUUCUGUUACAAUGUUUAUACUUGGAUCUGUAGUAACAAUUGGCCUUUUGCAAUGGCGACGUUAUAAUCCGAACAUUGCCGGUGAAUUGGGAGGUCCUAGAGGAAAUAAAUUGUUCUCAUUCCUUAUAUUCUUGUCUGUUUGGCUUGUCUAUAUUGUUUAUAGUACUUUAGUUGCCUAUUGCCUCGUUUAG